UGGUGUGGGGCUCGUUUCUCCCGUUUCUCCUGCUGCUGCUGUGUCCGCAGUGUGAGUGAACGGAGCGGGGUUUCAGGGGGAGAGACACAGCGCCCACUCCCCACAUCGGCACUCUCCCUCCGGCAGGGAACCAACUACAACUCACACCGCCCACUCUCGACCGAGGACAGGACUUGUUGCUAAAUCGUCGGAUUAUUAUUAUGGACUAUUAUCCGCACUGUCUGCUCCGAGGAGCGAGCUAGCUCAUUUUUUAGAAGUUGUGUCAAGUUAGCUUUCAUCUGGCUAACACGGUUUGUCGCCCUGCGUUAGCUUGUCGGCUAGAACUUAACUUUGUGGGCAGCUAACCGUAGUUCGCUACGGUGCGGCGUUAUUGUGGUUAACGUUAAUGCUAACGUAGGUUACCAUAUAUGGAUUUAUUAUGCUAAAUAAUAGCCGAACAGAAUAGUCCUUUUGGUUAUCUAAGCAGUCGAUAGUUACCUCCGUGUUUUAGUUUUCAAGCAGUCAUACCGCUAGCGAGCUUAUUAGCCACCUAGUGUAUGCUACUCAGCUGCAGGGAUACGUUAGCUAACGUUAGCCGUUGGCCACCACUGCAGCUGAGGUAGAGUUGAUGUCCAGUUUUAAAUCUUGACAAGACACUAACUUUUGAUAAUGAGCAGCUUCUCAGCGUUCGGUUAUAAACCAAUGCUGCUUAAGAACUGAGGCGUUGUGGUGGUCGGGUUAAUCGCCAGGGUUGUUUAGUUCAGUUAUUGACUAACGUUAGAAGCUCAGUGUCGGUCCUGGCAGUGCAAAGGACAUUUCAGUUUGUUUCAAUGGCACAUAAUUAAAAAUUGCCGACUGGCUUGAGGCUCAAACAAACAUUCAGAAAAUGUAGCGGAAAAUUAUUAGCGACGCAAAGUGAUUCGCAAGCCGACUUAGCUAGCUUGCUAGCUAAUGUAGUUAGUUUGGACGCACAAUGGUUCGCUGCUGCAUAUGAAUGGGGGUCAUGAAUUGUUUUCUUUUGUGGCUAAGCUAGCUGUCUGCUUAGCCCCACCAUCGACGUGGCUCGUUGACCACUUUUCAUGUUAUUGUUUUCAGUUGCAAGAAUAUUCUCUCACAUUUUGAAUUAAGACAGGGACCACCCUCGUUUGAAACAUGUCGGGGGAAGUUCGUUUGAAAAAGCUAGAAAAAAUGGUCCUCGACGGCCCCGUCCAGUCUAAUGGACAGUGUUUCAGCGUCGAAGCUCUUCUGGAUGUUCUGGUUUGCCUUUUCGAUGAGUGCAACAACUCUCCGCUACGAAGAGAGAAGAAUAUAGCCGAGUUCUUGGAGUGGGCUAAACCAUUCACAUCAAAGGUGAAGCAGAUGAGACUGCACAGGGAGGACUUUGAAAUCCUAAAAGUGAUUGGCCGAGGAGCUUUUGGGGAGGUAGCAGUUGUAAAGGUGAAGAAUUCAGACAAGGUGUUUGCCAUGAAGAUUCUCAACAAAUGGGAGAUGCUGAAAAGAGCUGAGACUGCAUGCUUUCGGGAGGAGCGUGAUGUUCUGGUGAAUGGGGAUAGCCAGUGGAUCACCACACUGCACUAUGCAUUUCAAGAUGACAACUUCCUGUAUCUAGUGAUGGAUUACUAUGUGGGCGGCGAUCUUCUGACUCUGCUGAGUAAGUUUGAGGACCGCUUGCCUGAAGACAUGGCCCGUUUCUACCUGGCUGAGAUGGUGCUGGCAAUUGACUCUGUGCAUCAGCUCCACUAUGUACACAGAGACAUCAAGCCAGACAACAUUCUGUUGGAUGUGAAUGGGCACAUUCGGUUGGCAGAUUUUGGCUCCUGCCUUAAGCUCAUGGAGGAUGGAACGACAACUCGGCAGGAUUUCCCCAUUUCCCCCGACAAGACGAGUGUGCAGUCCUCUGUGGCAGUUGGCACUCCAGAUUACAUCUCUCCAGAGAUCCUGCAGGCCAUGGAGGAUGGCAAGGGCAAGUAUGGCCCUGAGUGCGACUGGUGGUCUCUGGGCGUCUGUAUGUAUGAAAUGCUGUAUGGGGAAACUCCUUUUUAUGCCGAAUCCCUGGUGGAGACUUAUGGCAAGAUCAUGAACCACAAGGAGCGGUUCCAGUUCCCUGCUCAUGUCACAGAAGUUUCUGAGAAUGCCAAAGAUCUGAUCCGCAGACUCAUCUGCAGCAGAGAGCACCGACUGGGCCAAAAUGGUAUCCAGGACUUCAAGCAGCACCUCUUUUUCUCCGGCAUUGACUGGGACAACAUCCGCAACUGUGACGCACCAUAUAUCCCAGAAGUCAGCAGCCCCUCAGACACUUCCAACUUUGAUGUGGAGGAUGACUGCCUCAAGAAUUCGGAGACAAUGCCUCCUCCUUCUAUAACAGCCUUCUCUGGACACCACCUUCCAUUUGUUGGCUUCACCUACACCAGCCAGUGCUCUCUGUCAGACCGUGGGUGCCUUCUGCGUGAGUCCAUAGCGCCUGUGCAGAUGGAUGUGUGUGUGCAGCGUAGUUUGGAGGAGAGUCUGGCCACUGAGGCAUACGAGAGGAGGAUCCGCCGUUUAGAGCAGGAGAAGCUGGAGCUCAGCCGCAAACUGCAGGAGUCUACUAAGACAGUGCAAGCUCUACAGUACUCCAGUGGAGAUGGUCCUGUCUCUGCUAACAGGGAAUUUGAGAUACGAGGGCUGAAGGAGGAGAUUGAGACUUUGAGGAAACAAAUUGCAGACUCUGGCCAGUUAGAGCAGAAGUUGGAACAGGCCAGUGCAGCCCGCAGGGAUCUAGAGGAGGCCACUAAGCACAUUCGCUCUCUAGAGAAGCAAAUAAAGACAUUGAAGCAGGAGAGAGAGGAUAUGCAGAAGGAGCUGUUGGAGUCUACAGAGAGGCAGAAGGCUCGGGCAAAGGACCUGAAAGAGGCAGACAGCCAGAGGAGGAUGGCUAUGCAGGAGUUCUCUGAGAUGAGUGAGAAGGUGACAGAAUUGCUCUCACACAAGCAGCGUCUCUCCCGCCAGCUCCGGGAUAAGGAGGAGGAGAUGGACGCGGUUAACCAUAAGCUGGAGGCCCUUCGGCUUGAUGUGCGUAAAGCGGAAAGGACAAGAAAAGAGACGGAAACUCAGGCGGAGGAGCGAGCUGCUGAAGCCCAGAAAGAGAAGAAGCUGAGGGAGCGCAGUGAACAGUACAGUAGACAGCUGGAAGAGGAACUGGAGAGAAUGAAGCAGCAAAAGCAGGCGGGUCGUUCUCCAGCUGCUGGGGCCCCCGAGCAGCACCAAGAACUGAGUAAACUGCGUGCAGACCUGGAGAAGAAGACAGUUUUCUAUGAGGAGGAACUCUCUCGCCGUGACCUGCAGCACACCAGCGAGGUGAAGAACUUGAAGAAAGAGCUCCGGGAUGCUGAGGCUCAGCAGGUCUCCCUAAAGAAAGAGAUCAUGAUGCUGAAAGACAAGCUGGAAAAGACUCGCAGAGAGAGUCAAACCGAACGAGAGGAGUUUGAGACCGACUACAAGCAGAAGUAUGAGAGGGAGCGGGUCCUGUUGACUGAGGAUAACAAGAAACUCUCCAGUGAAUUGGACAACUUGGCAACUUCGUAUGAAAAGCUGAGCUGUAGUCACAAGCAGCUUGAGGAGGAAAUGAGAGAGCUGGCAGAUAAGAAAGAGAGUGUGGCCCACUGGGAGGCCCAAAUCACAGAGAUCAUCCAGUGGGUGAGUGAUGAGAAGGAUGCGCGGGGCUACCUCCAGGCUCUGGCCACCAAAAUGACUGAGGAGUUGGAGGGCCUGAGGAACACAAGUCUUGGUGCCCGAUCUACGGACAUGCCAUGGAAGAUGCGGCGCUUGGCUAAGCUGGACAUGUCUGCGCGUCUGGAGCUGCAGUCUGCCCUGGAUGCAGAAAUCCGAGCAAAGCAAACCAUUCAAGAUGAACUCAACAAAGUCAAGGCUGCCAACAUGGCCACAGAAUGCAAACUCCAGGAAUCUGAGAAGAAGAACCAAGAACUGCACGUAGAGAUUGAGAGACUGAAACGUGAAACGGAUGAUCUGCGUAUGUCUAAGGGCGUCAAGCACCAAGAUUCGCAGAACUCUUUCCUUGCAUUCCUCAAUGCUCCAACUUCUGCCCUAGAUCAGUUUGAUCGAUCCCCUGCCUGUGGCCCAGCCAGCAAAGGCAGACGUAUUGACUCCAUUGAUAACUUCAGUCUGUCAAACACACCAUCAAGGGACGAGGACCGCAAGUCCCAGCUCAUGGCCCGCUCUCGAUCUCCUUCAACCACCAGUGAUGUAGAGCCUCUCGAGGGGGUGGAUCAUCCACAGAGAGAUACAAAGACCUCUACCAUGCGUUCUGGAGGAUACAGUGGCACUGGCCUUGCCACACCUAAGCCAAAAGCUCAUCAGUUUGUGGUGAAGUCUUUCAACACUCCCACCAAGUGUAACCAGUGUACCUCUCUGAUGGUGGGACUCAUCCGACAAGGCUGUACAUGCGAAGUCUGUAAUUUCUCCUGUCAUGUGACAUGUGCGGACAAAGCCCCUGCAGUGUGCCCUAUCCCUCAAGACCAAAUGAAAGGGCCUCUGGGUAUUGACCCACAAAAGGGCAUUGGCACAGUUUAUGAGGGACAAGUCAGAGUUCCAAAGCCAGCAGGGGUGAAGAAGGGCUGGCAGAAGGCCCUUGCUGUUGUGUGUGACUUUAAGCUCUUCCUUUAUGACCUGGCAGAGGGCAAGGCUGCUCAACCCAGUGUAGUUGUCAGCCAGGUCAUCGACAUGAGGGAUGAAGAUUUCUCAGUCAGCUCAGUAUUGGCAUCUGAUGUCAUUCAUGCCAGUAGGAAGGACAUUCCCUGUAUAUUCAGGGUCACAGCAUCUCAGCUGUCUGCCUCCAGCAGUAAAAAGUGCUCCAUCCUAGUCCUAGCUGAUAGUGAUCAAGAGAAGAAUAAGUGGGUGGGUGUGCUGAAUGAACUUCAUCGUCUCCUAAAGAAGAACAAGCUGAAGGAGCGCUUUGUCUACGUACCUAAAGAAGCUUAUGACAGCACCCUGCCUCUCAUCAAAACCACUCAGUCUGCUGCUAUAAUAGAUCAUGAAAGGAUAGCCCUGGGCAAUGAGGAGGGGCUCUAUGUUAUCCAUGUCACCAAAGAUGAGAUCAUCAAGGUUGGGGAUAAUAAAAAGGUCCACCACAUUGAGCUGAUCCCUGCUGAACAGUUGCUGGCUGUCAUCUCUGGCCGCAAUCGUCAUGUGCGUCUCUUCCCCAUGGCGGCCCUGGACGACCGUGACACAGACUUCUACAAGCUCCCUGAAACUAAGGGCUGCCAGACCCUAUUUUCUGGCACAAUAAGACAUGGAGCUCUCACCUGCCUUUGUGUGGCCAUGAAGAGACAGGUCAUCUGCUAUGAGCUUAACAAGAGUAAGACGCGGCACAGGAAGUUAAGGGAGCUCCAGGUGCCUGGUGUGGUGCAAUGGAUGGCUCUGCAGGGGGACAAGCUGUGCAUAGGUUACCAGGCUGGAUUUCUGCGCUACAACUUGCAGGGAGACGGACCCCAAACAAACCUACUGCAUCCAGAGGAUCACACUCUGGCUUUCAUUGGGCAACUGGGCCUAGAUGCACUGUGUGCUGUGGAAAUCUCCACUAAAGAGCUUCUCUUGUGCUUCGGCAGUAUUGGAGUUUACGUGGACUGCCAAGGCAGGCGCUCACGCCAGCAGGAGCUCAUGUGGCCAGCUGUGCCAACUGCCUGUUGUUAUAAUGCACCUUACUUGUCAGUAUACAGUGAGAAUGCUGUGGAUGUUUUUGACGUGAACACUAUGGAGUGGAUUCAGACAAUUCCUCUUAAAAAGGUUCACCCUCUAAAUAUAGAUGGCUCUUUGAACCUACUGGGGCUUGAGACAGUGCGACUCAUCUACUUCAAAAAUAAGACAGCUGAGGGAGAUGAGCUGGUGGUUCCAGAGACAUCUGAUAACAGCAGGAAGCAGAUGGUACGCAGUAUGACAAGUAAACGGCGCUUUUCUUUCAGAGUGCCAGAGGAGGAGAGGCUGCAGCAGCGGAGAGAGAUGCUUAGAGAUCCUGAGAUGAGAAAUAAAUUGAUCUCAAAUCCAAUUAACUUCAAUCAUGUCGUUCAUAUGGGCCCAGGAGAUGGGAUCCAAAUACUUAAAGAUUUACCAAUGCCAGGGUCUCCUCUUCCCUCUCCCCACCUGCGCCUCAUCUCUGCCCCUACCAGCUUUGAGCAUGUCUAUCACAUGACUGUCACCUCUGCUGACAACUUCCUGUCCCAGGACUCCCCUCUCUCUUCCCAUUCCCCAUCUCUAAGCUCUGCCCCAGGGACCCCUGCCUCCAUCUGCUCUCUGAAUGUGCGUCCUCAGGAGAGCCGUGGAGUACUGGGUGGCUCUGUCAGCAUUCCCUCCAUCAGCAAGGCCAGACCUGAGCCUGGACGCUCAAUGAGUGCCAGCAGUGGCCUUGGCACACGUUCAUCUUCUCAGAAUGGCAGUGCUCUAAGGCGAGAGUUUUCUAGUGGAAGUUAUGGCUCCACCAAGCGACAGGCAAUGACCUCACCCUCUGAGGGCUCACUCUCAUCUGGUGGGGGUGUGGACUGCGGGGGUGAUGCCCCCCUCUCCCAGUUUGACAGAGAGUGGCAGGCAGUUUCGCCCACAGGCAAGACCCCUGAUGUGAAAAGGGCUUUAAGGACUCUGAUUAGUAAGAUAAAGGACUCUGAUUCACCACGACACUCAACAGCCUCCAACAGCUCCAACCUAAGCAGCCCACCAAGUCCAUCUUCCCCACAUAAAACCAAGUCCCAAUCCCUGGAACGCAGUGAGCACCCAGGCUGGGAGACCUGAGGCCAGCCCCAGUCUGCCACCCACUCACCCUCCUCCCUAGCUCUGCUGAAGGUCUCAAGAGCUUGAAAACCCCUUUUUUUCCUCUUAGGUAAAAAUAUAAGUGAUGAACUGACUCCCAGAAGGAAUUUAUACACUACACAUGGGGUAGUAUGUUAGUAACUCCUGCAAAAAUAGAUUGGGUUAUUGUGUUUAUACAAGGUGCACAUUUAAACUACACCCAAGCCUUUUUAAGCCUUGCUUUGGCAUCACUUUUUUUUACCUGCCAGUGAAAGACCUGAACUAGUGCUUCACGUCUGGAGGAGAAGUACCUGGACGUGUGUUAUGGGGGAAAAAAGAAAACAUUGCCCCCUAGUGGGCUUUGUUUUGAGGAAGAAACACUCAGUACUUUGCCAUCUUAGAGUUUUGCAAAGUUUUAAUGAUUUUAUCUGCCAGUUGCAAUAUUAUUUUAAACUUAUUAAAAUAAUCAAAAUACCUAUACAUCCCUAAUUAAAAAAAAACACUACAGUCAAGUCACCAUUCUUUGGUCUGCUUUUGCUUAAAAACAUGGUGAAUUCAGAGAGGAGUAGUUAUAAACUGUUCACUUAUUAAACCACUUCUACAGUGGCCACAAGACAACAUAAUGUCGUCCCCAGCCUCGGCACUACACUUAAACCAACUUCUGCACUCUGGUGCCAUGCUGAUCUUUCACAUGUAAAGCUUGGAAUACAGUAGAAAUAGACUGCGUUUAAUAAUGUACAUAGAGUUUAAGUAGAGUAUAAUAUAUUAUGAUAAAUAACACGUAUAUUGUGAAAAAAGUGUGACUUGGAGAGUGGUAUUUUCUUUUGACUUUGUGUGUCAAAACUUUGAUGCAACAAGUUUUAAUUUAACAAUUUCAGCAUUAUCAGAGUAAGCUUUCAUAAUUCCACAGAGUUUGGCUGGAUUAAUUAACUCAUUAGGCAAACUCUAGCAAAUACUGUAUCCAAACAUUGCUCAGAAAAACCAGGCACAUGAAUGCACGUGUAUGUGGAUGUGUAUGAAUACACAUGAGAACAUAUAAGAGCAUAGAAACACAAUUCCACAGUCACAUAAGCCUUGUGGUGAAUGUAUCAGAGUUUUUGCAGCCUUCUUCUGUGUCCUCUUCUCCUUGCCUGAUUUUAUGUGCGUCAUGGUUUCUUUACCAGAGCAAUAAUGCUGUUUCCAAAGAAUUUUUGUUAAAUCAUCAUUACAGUUUUUGUCUUUUUUUUUUUUUGUUAUGGGCAAUUUGUUUUAAUGUGUGUUUAUUGACUCACAUGACUCAGAACACAGAAACCAAACGUAGCCUGAUGUGUAUGUAUACAUAAAAAGUGUAAUCUGUAUGUUACCACUGGUUUUAUGACACUAAAGUCACUGUUGUGUGACACUCAGACAUCACAAUAUGGUUAAGCUUUGGAGUGCUUCUUCCCACAGGGGAGCAUUCAAGGGCUUUAACUUGAUCUCACUGGUGCAUAUAUCUGUUGCCUCUACUUCUGCUACUUCUUGUAGCUAGUAAUGACAAAAUGGGGACAGUGAGGGGAAAGGUUUUAUCAUACGUUGAUGGCAAAUUGUGAGAUGAAUUAUUCAUCUGCGAGGGAAUAACGCUAAGCUGUUGUAUUGAUUUUUUUUUUUUUUUUUUUUUUAUUGUUCAGGGAAUGUAUAGAGUGUAAAGUUAGACUAUCAACCACCCCUGGGUCUCACAUACCUCAGAUUAGUGAGGCAAGCCAUUCACUAUAAUUCAGCUACAGAGUACACCAACCCCCUGUCCCAAAGUUCACACUUGUGGAUGUGUGUACUUGUGUGCGUGCUUUUUGAUAUUUCAGAUGUUUCCACAGUGUGAGGUGCUGUAACUGAAGACUUCACUGAAAUAUUUGGCAAGGUUUGAUGCUUUGGUGGCAGUCUCAAACGUUGCUUGAUAACUAUGUUAAUGUCACAUGUUCACAUUCUGAGAAUAUCCACAACUGCCUGUCUCACCAUGCAAAAGCGCAAACUUGCAGCCUUAACGAAUGCUUGUGCACUUUUGUUAAACUUUUCUCACAUCAGUGCAUACUCAAGCAAAACCACAAAAAGCUUGUGUGAACUUUGACAGGCCCUAUCUCACUCAUUCCGUAUAGUACACAUUAUGAAGUGGCAAUUAAUGUUUUUAGAUGUAAGUAUCUUAUGUUUGCAGGAGUUUGUCUUUACCCGACAGGUUUAUAUAUAUAUAUAUAUAUAUAUAUAAUCCUUUUGGCAUAUUGUUUAAUGCUGAUUAUUCCUUUCAAGAUAUUCCUAGGGUCCAGUAAUUCAGGCUCUUGGAGCAAUUUAUAAAUUACCCAAAUCUCAAAUUUCAGACAGUGUUACAGGGCAAAUUUUGCAUCUUAUAGAAAAAAAAUAUUUAUAAAAGCACACAUUUGAGUAUGGAUUUCACAAAAGUAUGUAUAUCUAAAAGUGUCACAAGACUGAAUGAUUAAGUUCGGCUUUUUGUCGCAGUUCUGUGAAAACUUUGUCUCCUGAACAGCUGUUCAAUGGAGAAGGGAAUUUUUUGUAUCUUUCACUCAUUUGACCUGAUUCUAAACUUUUAAGAUGUAUGGAGAUGUUGUUUUUACUCCCAGAUCUGUGAAUUGCAUAGAGGAUAUGCAGGAGACAUUCAGCUGUGGGUUCAUGAGUGGAAAACAAAUCUAAACAUUCUGGAGUUACAAGGUUUUCUGGCAACAGCGACAUUUUUUAUAUACCUUUAUGCAAACAUUUACAUUUUCACUGUGGACCAGUCUUGGCAUAUUGUAUUCCUAAAGGAACAGUUUAUUUGCAAUGUUUGGUAUUGUUUGGGACCUUACUUAUGCCUUUGAGGUGUUACAUAGUCAUGUUAAUUCCUACUGAAUUUGAAUGACCAUACUCCAUAGUGUAAGCUUAAUUCAGAGUGCUUUUGCCUUGUGGAAUUCGGGCUACGAUGGGUAGAAUGUUUAUACCAGAAUUAUGGUAUAAUAUAACAGGAAACCUGUUUGAGAUGUUACUCAGGUAUGUUAGAACCAAUGAUUUAUUUUAUUACAGUGAGGAAUAGAGAGACAGCACAAUGACGGACAUGGCUAUUCCUUUGUCUGUCAUUUGGUGUUAUUUUAGGACUGUUAAUUAGCUGUUUAUAGGGCAACAUUAGAGGAAGGUGCCUUAGUUGACCUCGUUUGAAUGCUGGGCAGUGUAGGUAGGAAUUUGGAUUAGAUUUUAGAGCAGAAUUGAGGGACGAUUUCAAACACAAACGCACCUGCAUUUCAAAGAGUGUUUACUCUGCCUUGUAUGUUAACUGCUAUUUCAUAUCAUACAUUAUAUUUUCUAGACUUUAAGGUUUUUUUGUAAGAAUAUGUACAGUUUUGCAUGUCAUAGGUGUAAUCACUUGUUUUAAAGAUUCCAAGGCUGGAUUUUUUCCACUUGUUUCAUUUUAGCUUAUUUUAUUGAUCUGUGUGGUGUGGAAGCUUGGGGUGUAAAGACGAUGACCCCACUACAUUUUUCUUUUGUUUGUUGGGUUUUUUGGGCACAUUCUUAUUUAAGGUGGAAUGUCAUGGAGUUUAUAUUUAAUUAGCCACCAUUCUUUUCACAUUCAGAACCCAUAACAUGACUGAUGUAUUACAAUAAAAUGAGGAGCUGUUACAAGA